GGAGCCGGGCUUCCUGCUCCUCCUCUGGUCUAUGGUGCAGGUCGGAGGGGCGAAGCACUGCCGAGCUGAGCCCGACAGCUGGCCGGCUCUGCUGGCAUGCAAACAGGGGGGCGUAUCAGCCCCCAUGCGGUGGGUGAAUUUUAGGCUGCCGCAUCCGGAGCGCCUCUCGCCCCCCACCUCCUCCUCCUCCUCCUCCUCCACCUCCUCCUCUCCCCCCGUCUCGGCCAAAUCCAUGCGGUUUAUUUGGAACAACAUUUUCAGCAAAGGAUCGCAUAUGCUGCAGUGUCUUUGUGGCAGGAGCCUCAAGAAAAACAAGAACCCAACUGAACCACAGCUGAAGGGCAUCGUGACCAGGUUGUUCUGCAGGCAGGGCUUCUAUCUCCAGAUGGGCCAGGAUGGAGGUCUGGACGGGACCAAAGACGACAGCACCAACUCCUCUCUGUUUAACUUAAUUCCUGUGGGUCUGAGAGUCGUGGCCAUCCAAUCAGUCAAGACUGGUCUCUACAUCGCCAUGAACGGAGAGGGUCACCUCUACUCGUCGGAACUGUUUACGGCGGAGUGUAAGUUCAAGGAGUCGGUGUUUGAGAACUACUACGUGAUCUACAGCUCGAUGCUGUACAGGCAGAAGGAGUCGGGCCGGGCCUGGUUCCUGGGCCUCAAUAAGGAGGGACAGGCCAUGAAGGGCAACAGGGUCAAAAAGACCAAACCAGCUGCACACUUCCUGCCUAAACCUAUAGAAGUUGCGAUGUACCGCGAGCCUUCGUUGCACGACGUCGGAGAGGCGGCGCCCAAGCUCCUCGCCGUGGGGCCGCCCUCCAAAAGCACAACCAGCGAACCGGUCGUCAUGAACGGCGGCAAGCCGGUCAGCAAACCCGACAAGGAGGCGACAUAACCCGACCCCCUCCCCCCUCCCUCCGCGCACCCUCGGUGACCCUCCCCCAGCCCCCCGGUUCAGCCGAGGCCGGGGGCGGCGGGGGCUGGGGAGGGGGGGGGAAGAAAAAAGAAAAAAACACGCCCAGAGACUCGCCCCACUGCUGCGCUCUCAAAAAGCUAAACCGCAACAACAGGUAACGAACGAACGAACGGACGGACGGA